AGGAUUACAACUCCCAGAGUGCCCCUGUGCGGUUGUCAGGAGCAACCACGGAAUGCAGACUAACAGAGCCGCUGGACUCAGGACUAUCCAGCCAGCCAUGGGCCAGGAUUAUUACUCUGUGCUCCAGAUCACUCGCAAUUCAGAAGAUGCCCAGAUCAAGAAUGCGUACCGGAAACUUGCCCUUAAGAACCACCCGUUGAGGUCCACUGAGCCAUCCGCAGCGGAGGCAUUCAGGCAGAUAGCAGAGGCCUACGAUGUGCUGAGCGACCCUGUGAAAAGAGGCAUCUAUGACAAGUUCGGAGAGGAAGGACUGAAGGGCGGAAUUCCUUUGGAGUUUGGAUCGCAGACCCCGUGGACAACUGGUUACGUCUUCCACGGCAACCCGGAAAAGGUUUUCCAUGAGUUCUUCGGGGGAGAUAACCCCUUUAAUGAGUUUUUUGAUGCAGAAGGAAAUGAGGUAGACUUGAAUUUUGGGGGACUCCGGGGCCGAGGGGUCAAGAAACAGGACCCCCCAAUCGAACGAGACUUCUACCUAUCCCUGGAGGACUUAUUCUUUGGCUGCACCAAGAAAAUUAAGAUCUCCCGAAGGGUGCUGAAUGAGGAUGGGUACUUCUCUACCAUCAUGGACAAGAUCCUCACGAUUGACGUGAAGCCUGGUUGGAGGCAGGGCACACGUAUCACCUUCGAGAAGGAAGGGGACCAGGGUCCCAACAUCAUCCCAGCCGAUAUCAUCUUCAUCGUAAAGGAGAAGCUACACCCUCGCUUCCGCAGGGAGAACGACAACCUCAUUUUUGUGAACUCCAUCCCCUUGGGCAAGGCUCUGACCUGCUGCACCGUGGAGGUGAAGACCCUAGAUGACCGUCUGCUCAAAAUCCCCAUCAAUGACAUCGUCCACCCCAAGUACUUCAAGAAGGUGCCAGGUGAGGGGAUGCCGUUGCCAGAGGACCCCACCAAGAAGGGGGACCUCUUCAUUUUCUUUGACAUCCAGUUCCCCACCUGCCUCACACCCCAGAAGAAGCAGAUGCUGCGCCAGGCGUUGCUGACAUAACUCUGGUGGGCUGGGGACUGGAGCAGGGGGAAGAGAAGGCUAGCUGGUCCUGACCCCACCCCUACCCCCAGCACGGGGUGUGCACAGGAGCCAGCCCACUGCACAGGCAUGACGUGAGGACCGGAUGGCAUGGGAUUUUAAACUGAUACAAUAAAGUGUUAUUUCCUAUCCUCCAGCUACACCCAAGAGAGUGUGUGUUGGAGGGAGAAGAGCUUCAUACAGCCGUUCUUGUGGAGCAGAGGGAAGGGCAGGGCUCAAGAAGCUGAGGACCUGGGACCCUGUCCUGGCUGUGUGAGCCUGGCCAGGUCCCUGAGGGUUCAGAGCCUCUGUGCUCCCACCUUGAUAGCGUGGGGCAAUGCUACAUCGUCUCUGAGGGUCCCCAGCUCUAUUUCUCAUGACACACGAUCUUUGGAAGGGCAGUCUCUAGUGUGAUAUAGUCACAUUGUACUCAGGAAAGCAAAGCACAAAGAGAACAAAACCCUUGUCUCAGGUCACACAGGGCUCAGUGGCAAAGCUGUCAUCAGAAUCUUGAAGGCCACUUCCCACAGCCUCACUCUGCUUCGAUUAGAGGCAGCAUGAGGGACACAAGUGCUGGAAAUGGCUUUGGUUUCUGCCUGGCCUGGGCUGCCUCUAGGCAGGUCUUAGAACUGGGCUCUGCUCCCAGUCCUGCCGCUCACCCUUUGGAUGUUACUCUCCAUCUUGUUCGUGAAGCAGAACCCAUAACCCUCCUCAGGCAGCUCACUGGUGCGAAAGUGCUUAGUGAACUCACUGCUUAGAUUAUCAGGGUUACAGCAUUGCUACCAGCAUGGCCUGGGGGAGUGCCAGCCUCCAAGCCCAGCUGGGCCUUUGCAGACCACACCUGCUUCCCCAGCCCGCCUUCCAUCGACAGUGCAGCAUGCACCUCUUCUGUGCCAGGGGAGGUGCCCUUCACUUGAGUCUGGACUUGGGCUAGGAGAGAUCCAAGCUUAUGA